AUGCCUGACUUCCAAACGCCCCCACCAUCCUCCUCCAUCUUCACACUCUCCUUUCCAACGCCCCACAUCCUCCUCGUCACUAUAUCACGAGAGUCUCGCAUGAACGCGAUCCCCACGCAAGGCCACAAAGACGGUUACGCAAUUUGGAACUGGUUUGACGAGGAGCCCUCGCUACGGGUCGGCAUAAUCACAGGCGCAGGGAGCAAGGCGUUCUCAGCGGGCGCGGAUCUGCUCGAGCAGCUUGAGUUCAAGACGAAGAAUGAUGAUGCAUCUUCUGCUUCAGGUAAAGGGACAGAAGGGGUGAGACGGGAACCAAUGCCAAAUGGCUUUGGCGGGAUCUCGCAGCGCAGAGGCAAGAAACCUGUUAUUGCGGCUGUGAACGGACUCGCGCUGGGUGGGGGGUUUGAGAUUUGCUUAAAUUGUGAUAUGGUCGUUGCCUCACCAACCGCUCAAUUCGCCCUCCCAGAAGUCCAACGCGGCCUCUAUGCGGGGGCCGGCGGCCUCACACGUAUUAUCCGCACAGUGGGAAUGCAGGUUGGCACGGAGCUCGCCCUGACUGGACGCCGCAUUAGCGCGCAGGAAGCAAAAUCCCUACGGCUUGUGAAUCGCAUCUCUGAGACACCAGAGAAGGUUCUGGAUGAUGCGAUCAGUCUGGCCAACAUGGUGGCCGACGUUAGUCCUGACGCGGUGAUUGUCUCGAGGCAUGGAUUGCGGGAGGCCUGGGAGUCAGGGUCUGUGGAACAGGGUAGUCGGGCGACGGCGGAGCUUUAUGGGGCGAGGUUGAUGAAGGGGGAUAAUUUAAGGAGAGGACUCGAGGCUUUUAAGGAGAAGAGGAAGCCUAACUGGGUUGGUUCGAAGCUUUAG